AUGGUAAAUCGGCCCGCGGCUGUCCGUGGAGUGGCGGCAGCCUUUCUAGCGCUGUCUACCAUUGCUGUGCUUCUUCGCUGCUAUGUGCGAUUGCGCAUUGUCAAGGCGUUUGGCUGGGAUGACGGGAUCAUGAUCCUCGCUAUGCUCUUCUACAUCAUGUACUGCGGGUCUAUGUUUGGAGGCGGAAUCUGGGGUACAGGGCGGCAUCUCGCAGAUCUGAUCCCCGAGCACGCAAGUAUUGCAAUGGAGUACUGGUUCCUAGCCGAAGUCGCCUACACCAUCUCCUCCAUCCUCGCCAAGAUAUCCGUGUGCAUCUUCCUCCUCCGCGUAAUGCUCUUUCCCUGCCACAGAGCAACACUAUACACCGUGACUACCCUCGUCGUCACCACGGGGCUAGUCUUCUUCAUCCUCCUCGUAGCCCAAUGCUCGCCCGUCUCUUUCUUCUGGACACGGAUGGGCGGCGAUACGUCAGGAAGGUGCAGAUAUAUCGAUCCUAUCGCGAUCAUGUUUUACAUUUUCAGCGCGGCCUCGGCGCUUUUCGACCUUACUGUUGGUCUGUUGCCGAUUAUGCUUGUGCGCAAGCUGCAGAUGAAUAUCCAGACCAAGGCUGCUGUUGUGGGGCUGCUGGGGAUGGCCUGUGUCGCAAGUGUAGCGGUUAUCGUCCGCAUGCCGUUCGUGGGGACGAUUCGUGACCCGGACUUUCUAUACGCAACCUACGAAAUCGCAAUCUUCUCCGCGGUCGAAACCGGCCUCGCAAUAACAGCCGGCUCCCUCGCAACGACACGUCCCCUCUUCCGCAUCUUCCGCUCCCGCUCCUCUCCCCCCUCCCCCUCCCCUUACCCACCCUUCGACUUCGACUACUAUAACUACAACGGCAACGGCAACGACAACGACAACGGCACGUCCCCGCCAAGCACCUCAAAAAGCCACAGCAAACACACGCGCAACCGCAGCUCGAAGUCCAGCCGCAGCGGCGGCCUGCACGCCCUCGCGACAUUCGACUCUGGCCUCGGCGUCGGACGGACGAGUCUUGCGUCGACGAGAACGACAUGUACACGCAGCGAAGACGCCCCCGGAGCCAAUCUCGGCCUCGGCCUCGGACUCGGACCUGGCUUCGGUUUCGAACCCGACAACUUUGACCACCGGAGCAUCGGCGGCCGGAGCACCAAAACCAACAAACCCAGCGACGAUUUCUACGGGCCGUACAUCGGGAUGAUGACGAUGCGCGCGACGGUCGAGGGCGGGCGCGGCGAUGAGUUUGGGUCCGCGGCGCCGUAUCCCGGGGCGGGGCAGGAGGGGUUGCUUAAUGCGGAUGGAAGGCAUGGGGAGGGUGCAGUGGGUUUGGGGACUUCGGGGUUGGCGUCGCCGCAUCUUGCGGCGGCGAGGUCGGGGAGGUCGGGGAGGUCCGGGUCGACGUCGAGAAUUGGGGUUCAUCGGACGUUUGAGGUUUCGAGUGAGACUACUGAGGGGGAGGGGGCGAAGGAGUAG